CAGGGAACAAUGGCGAGUCACGAAAAUGACUUUUCGGCCAACCGGCUCCUCUUUCCUUGCCUAAAUCCUAGCCUUUCCUCGCAUAAGAGCAUUGACUCUGGUUGCUGUGAUCCUGAAAGCUCACUCAAUACCUGCCCUAAAGCCUUCGACACCUUUAAUCUCAUCAAUGUAGCAUCACAGCAACAGCAAUCUCCCUUUCAACCUCAGUCCACACCACCCAAAAGACCACCGCUGAACAAACCACGGUCCACUAUUAAGAAAGAAGAGGUUGCAACGCCCAUGGCAAAAACGGCGGAAACGCCUCAGACUGGAGGUGGAGCCUCCUAUAAGUAUUUGACGUGGCGUGAAAAAGAUCGUCGGCGGCGCUUUCGAGAAGAAUGGAAGCAUCUUUGGUUGGUCGUGCCUCAUGGGAUGUACGAGGUGAUGUGCCUUGUAUGCCAUAAGAUUAUGACCCAGCGAAAACUUGACACAAUCAAGCGCCACACAAUUCGUCGACAUGCUGAACUCCUCUCAAUGUCAGAAUCUGAGCGUCAACGCCUCUACCAUGACCUAGUCACGCAGUACUUCCGUCGAGGAGGAGAUUUCUGUGGUGAUAGCGAUCCUUUCUGUGCAACCAGUGUGCCAAGACUGAGGCAAACAUGUCCUAGAGGGAGUCGAAUGGAAACUGCGGGAGUUCGCAAGCACCCACGCUUAACUGAUGUCCCUUCCCCCCCAUUUCGGGCAAGAAUGAGUGUACCACGACGAUCAGGCAUUGAAAAGCAUUCUAUCGCUUGUUCUCCACCUUCUGAACAAGUAAUGAAUCAGAUCAAACCUACCGCAGCUAUGCCAAUGAAUCUAAAGACAUUUGAGAACAUCUUCUUAAACGGGGCUUAUUCAGUCUUUACGAAAUAUCUUAUGGGAUUUAAUCCAACACAGUUCCCUCCUAGAGGAAAAUUUGAUUCUCCUAUGGGUUCUCUAUGGCGAAGAAAUCCCCUUCCACACACCUGUGGAAUAAGCACACCUCAUGCCUUUCAGUCCUUCAAGAAAACCCCUUCGUCAUCUUGCAACUCCCCACUGAGAGGUAUCCCAGACACCUACACAGACCCCAUGAGUUGUAGAGUCCCAUUAGACAUGUCUACGUCUACUGUCCCUCCAAUGCAAGCAUCUCCGAGUGAUUUGUCAAUGAGAAGGUGUGCUUCCACAAAUCCUGAUGCUGGAACCUCCCUAACUGAGCGAUUAAUGAGACUUGUGAAUACAUGGGACACGGCUGCAGUCAGUUCAAGAAGUGUGGCUCUACUCCCUCCU